AAGUACCUAAUUAACUUCUUAAUAAGAACCAGUUUCUCAAAAUACAUUUAUAUUUCCAAUUUAUUGGAAAGAACCCAAGCAGGGAUAGGAACACACAAUAUUUGAAGCCUAAGUAUGGGUAAUCAGCCAGAAUUUUGAAUGCUGUGUUCAAAUUUUAUUCAGCUCUUCCUUGAAACCCUGAUUCUGCUAAACUCUGUGUUCAGGUUUAAAUAUGGAAACUGGACAUUCAUGAUAGCUAUUUUAUCUCAAUGUUUUUUUCUGCCUGUGUUCAGAUUAUGUGAGCCACAUUAGCCUGCUUUUAAUCUUCACUUUGGAAUUCACAUUAAUUCUAAUAUUGUUCAUCCCAGACUGAGGGGAAAAAAAUCACAGGAUUUUGCAGGUUUUCUUUGCUUUGUUUCCAGUAAAACUAUUUUAGGAAGUCUUUUAAAAACUCUAGAAGCUAAUAGUGAUUGGAACACAUGUAUUCUUUUGAUUAGUAAUUAAAUCAGUCCUGUCAUAAUAUAAGAGUAUGAACAAGAUAAUUGGCAGGAGAUCCAUUUUAGAUUAAAUGAUUCUCUGGUCACAUAUUUAAAAAAUUCUGAGUUAGCUUACUGCAUAAGAAUUGUCAUCUGUCUAAUGUAGUAUCUCAUCUUUGCUAUUAGCUAGUGAGGGUACAAAAUAACCUGAAGAAGAUUGUGGAGUAGCCUUCCCACAAAGAAAGCUGCUUCCUAACUCUUUGAGACUGGUUGCUGCUUCUUUGUGGAAGAGCAAGGCAUUUUUGACCCUCUUGACAAAAAGAUGGGGUUUAGCCAAUAUCAUUAAAAUGUAGAAGUGAUUUGCUAUGUAACGGAUUCCUUCAUUUUGUUAAUGGCAAUAUCAAAUCUGAUUUUCCGCACAUGAGAACAUUCCUCAGACAUCUUUAUGUAAAUGUAGUUGCCAAGCUGUUUGUAAUGGUUAAAUUAUACUUUGAUGGGAACUCUUCAGAAAAUACUCAAUUAGUUCAGGUUUUUUUGGAAACACUGCCAAUUAUGUGACGUUAAUGAGCUUUUUGUUGGUAAUGUAAUUAAAAUUCAACUGCUAUAAUGGUUAAAGGAAAAAAAUAUAGCUCUAAGAAAGUUAAUGUUAAGCAAAUAUAACAUGAAGUGGGGCUAAUUAGAUGUUGAUUACAUGGUCCUAUGUGCAUUUGCUAUAAACAACAAUACUCUCAAUAAUGUGAUUAUUUUACAAAUAAGGAAUACAAUUCAGUUGAAAUUACUGAGAUUUAACUCUCAAUUUGUUAUAUUGAUACAACACUACAGAAACUAUUGCAAAUUUGCGUUGAAAGAGAGGAAAAUCAGGUUCUUGUAGCAGAUGCUUAAAGGUUUUAGAUAUCUGAAUAUGUCAGUGAGAACCCAGAGCAAUUUUCAAAAUGCAUGGUAUCAAUCUCACAUUAAUAUCAAUAUAUUAAGUUAUCUUUAAGUUUCUGCACCUUUAUACUUUAUUUAUACUUCUGAAAAAUCCUGCAAGCCCUAGAAAUUUGACCAGAUAAACCAACCCAUUGUGGAUACUACAAGUAAUAAAGUAAUACAAUGCACUGGUCACACCCUGCCCACAGGUCUGCAGUCAGAAUCUUCUGGAAGCAUUUGAGAUAAGGGACAUUUCUGGAAAAUGUGUCAAACAAAAUAACAGAAGGUACCUCUUUCCCAAGGGAUGCGUUAGAUAUUUCAUCAUUAAUUUGCCCGUAUGUCUAUUUAUUUCCUGAGGCAAUCAGAGUACACAUCUUCCAAACUGUCCAACAUUUACUUUGGCUUGUAGGAAGCAGCUAUGGGGAUAAACCAUAAAAAAAUUAGUGCAUCAUGCUGCUGUCAUUUUUGCUUCAUUGUUUUUCAUGUCAUUAAUUUAUUUGCUUUAUACAGUGUUCUUGCCAAAGAAUGGGAAUAUGUCUUCAGCAGAGUGUGACGUUUACACUGAGUUGCUGGAAUAAUGUAGAACCUAAAAACUUUUUGACUGAGCAACCAUGUAUUUUGAUGACCUGGGGAAAAAUGUCGUAGGAUACUAUGAGUGUUUAAAAAAAAAAAACUUACAAACAUAUACAACAUAUAUCAAAGUAGCUGUCCUGUGCUAAUAACAGGUAAUGAUGCAGUCAUUCAUUAGAAAUGGUGCAGAGCAUUUAUAACAUACCAUUACAGUAUCACACAAUGAUUGAGGUUGGAAGGGAUCUCUUGUCCAAUCCAAGAUUAUCCAGGUGGCUCAAGCAGGGCCACUUAGAGCAGGUUGCCCAGGACCAUGUCCAGACAGCUUUUGUAUAUCUCUCAGGAGGGAGACUCCACAACCUGUUUGGGCAAUCUGUGCCAGUGCUCAGUCACUCACAUAGUAAAUAAGUUGUUCCAGACAGAACCUCCUGUUUUCAGUUUGUGCCCAUUACUUCUUGUACUCUCACUUGUCAUGACUGAAAACAGCCUGGCUCCAUCUUCUUUACACCCUUAUUUCAGAUAAUUAUGUACAUUUUCCCUAGAAGAAAAUGUUUUCUGUUCUGCAUUGUUUUCUAUAAUCACAAUCCACUUAUAACCAUCACCAGACAUUUUCAAGGACAGUUGUUUGCCCUGUUCCUUUUUAAUACAGCCUACAGUGUUUAACUACAGUUCUGCAAAAGGGCUUGUCUUGAUGAAUCAAGCUGAAGCUAACAAACGGUUGGUUUUAUAUAUGAAUAAAAAGUAUAUGCGUAUACUGCAAACAUAGAAUAUGUUAUGUAAAAGCCAAUGCUGGAACACAGCUUACUUUGAAAUUAAGAAAUGAUAGCUUUUCGCAACAAGAUUUUCUAAGCUGAUGAAAGAGAGUCCUCAAAGUAUUGCUUUCUACCUUAGGACAUUUUAGAGGAUCCAGUUUUCAGAAAAUGCUGAGCACUUCCCUAUUUUCUUUUUUCUCUUUUGAAUAAUAUUCUCAUACUCGAGGUACCCAAAAAUAUCACUUCAGACAAUGAAACUUGGUCUUUGAGACUGUCUUAUAAACAAGGUAUACUAGCCUCUGAAGGUGGGGCAGUGAUAUUUUCUUUGAAUGAAGAAAUAGCCACAGACAGAGCUGUUUACAAGUCUGUUUCCACUAUAAAUCCUGGUUAACUUUUACAAAAUAAAGGUAGAGGUGCAAAGCAAACCUGCAUUUUCAUCAUCUACCUAAUGUUGUGUGUAUGCAUGUAUCAAUGAACAAUAUCAUGCUGUAUGUAUCAAUGAACAUAUAGCGUUUCUCAUACCUCAAACAUGGAAAUAAAUUCUUUGCUUCACUUGGGAUUGCUACGUGUGCAAAGAAGAAAAAGUUUGAAGUGAAAACAACGUUAGUAGAUCAAGUAUAACUCCAGCCAGGCUCCAGAACAUGGAAAUUUAACUGACACAAGAAAAUAUACAGAGAUAAACAGAAGAAAAGAAGCACCUGUUUCCUGGAGGGGAAGGAUUGGAGACACAUGAGCAAAAGGCUUAUCUUGUAUAAAUCUGUAGGCCACAGUGUGAAACUCAAUUUACAGUGAAAGUUUGGCAUACUGUUCUCCAUUGAAUAAGGAAACUGUCAGCAAUGAUGCACUCUGGUAAUGCUUACUAGAGCUGAACAGUAUAUAUAUAAGUCCGUGCAAAAGAGGCAGCUAGGCAGAUCUCAGGAUCCUCAAGGCUUUCCAUAGUUCCAGAAGAGAGAGUAGCCACUCCAGCUGCUACAUAUCACUUCAAAGAAUAAAAAGUCAUUCCAGAAAUUUAAGGGAUCAAAACCAAUAAACAAUAAAUACUAACUGAUUUUGCAAUGAAAAUGAAAAGUGUUUAUUUUGUUGCUGGGCUCCUAUUAAUGAUAGUUCAAGGCAGCUGGCAAAAUCCUCUUCAGGAUACAGAGGAGAAAUCAAGAUUAUUCAAAGCUUCCCAGUCUGAACCGUUAGAUGAAUCUAGACAGCUGAAUGAAGUGAAGCGUCAUUCACAAGGUACAUUCACCAGUGAUUACAGCAAGUACUUGGACACCAGACGAGCUCAGGAUUUUGUGCAGUGGUUAAUGAGCACUAAAAGAAAUGGCCAACAAGGACAGGAGGACAAAGAGAAUGACAAAUUCCCGGACCAGCUCUCAAGCAAUGCAAUCUCCAAGCGUCAUGCUGAAUUUGAGAGACAUGCUGAGGGCACCUACACCAGUGAUAUCACCUCUUAUUUGGAAGGUCAAGCUGCCAAAGAAUUCAUUGCUUGGUUAGUGAAUGGACGAGGAAGAAGAGAUUUCCCAGAAAAAACUCUUGUAGCUGAAGAAAUGGGCCGAAGAUAUGCAGAUGGCACUUUCACAAGUGAUAUCAACAAAAUCCUGGAUGACAUGGCUGCCAAAGAGUUCCUAAAAUGGCUGAUUAACACAAAAGUUACCCAAAGAGAUCUUUUGGAAGAAUACCAGUAAAAAUGCAGAACAAAAAUGGGAUAAAUGAAGAUCUUCACUGCAUCAACUGCCAGUUAUUAAGAGAUUCUGAAAUCUGUAUUGUCAUUUACAUUGGGUGUAACAAAGCUAUGUCACCUUGCAUGUCAGAAAUUAAUUGUAGUGUUGUUUAGUGUUGCCAAAAGAUUAUAUAUAUGGAAUACCUGUUGUCUAAGGGAUGGCUAUCUUAAUAGCUUUAAGACUAUGAAAGUUCCACAUUUUCAUAUUUUCCAUUUAUUACGACUGAAAUAACUCCAUUUAUAUUUACAUAUGAAAUUAUUUUUCUAAAAAGCUGACAUACAAUGAUUUAAUCAUCAAUUAUACGCGAUAUUUUUAAGGGUCUGGCAGUUGCAAGUGUCUGAGAAGUGAAUAUCCCUGUUGAAACCUUUGUUAU